GAAAGCCAAAAACAAAUCUAACAGCCUCCUCCUUCUUCUUCUUUCUAGGGUUUCGACUCUCGACGGCCGGCAAGGUUUCCAACCUCUCGUGAAAGGAAAGAUGAGGCCAGUGUUUUGUGGGAACUUUGAGUACGAUGCUCGUGAAGGUGAUCUUGAGAGGCUUUUCAGAAGAUACGGCAAGGUUGACAGGGUUGAUAUGAAAGCUGGGUUUGCUUUUGUCUAUAUGGAAAACGAAAGGGAUGCUGAAGAUGCUAUCCGAGCACUUGAUCGCUAUGAAUAUGGCCGUAAGGGACGCAGACUCCGUGUUGAGUGGACUAAGAAUGAGCGUGGAGCUCCUACAAGAUCAGGUGGUUCAAGGAGAUCAUCAAGCAUGAGACCUUCCAAGACUCUGUUUGUCAUCAACUUCGAUGCGGAGAGCACUAGGACUCGGGACUUGGAGAGGCAUUUCGAGCCGUAUGGAAAAAUCGUAAACGUUAGGAUCAGAAGGAACUUUGCAUUUAUCCAAUACGAGUUGCAAGAAGACGCCACCAGAGCACUGGAGGCUACUAACUCGAGUAAGCUGAUGGAUAAGGUGAUCUCAGUGGAGUAUGCAAUGAAAGAUGAUGAUGCAAGAGGAAACGGAUACAGUCCUGAGAGGCGUCGUGAUAGGUCGCCUGAUAGGAGAAGGCGUUCACCAAGUCCAUACAGAAGAGAGAGAGGCAGUCCUGACUAUGGACGAGGUGCUAGUCCUGUUGGACACAGGAAGGAAAGGACUAGCCCUGAUUAUGGCAGAGGAAGACGCAGCCCGAGUCCUUACAGGAGAGCCAGGGUUAGCCCUGACUAUAAGAGGGAUGAUCGCAGGAGGGAGAGGGUGGAUAGCCCUGAUUACAAGAGAGAUGACCGUAGGAGGGAGAAGGAGGCUAGUCCUGAUUACAAAAGAGAUGAUCGUAGGAGGGAGAAGGAAGUUAGCCCAGAGAACGGAGCUGUGAGGGAGCGUAGUCCAAGAAAUGGACGUGGUGAAAGCAGGAGUCCUCCUCCAUAUGAAAAGAGGAGGGAGAGGGAGAGGUCAAGGUCGAAGUCUAGCCCUGAGAAUGGUCAAGUUGAAAGCCCUGGAGCUAUAAUGGAAGAAGAAGAAGCCGGAAGAGGAUAUGGUCGUGCAGACAGCCCGAUACGUGAGAGCCACUCUCGUUCGCCUCCAGCAGAAGAAUGAUGGGACUCCGUCUGUGGAUGAUCACAAACAGAUGUUUCUCUCGAAAAGUAGCUGUUGUCUGAAGUCUGCUAUGUUAUGUUUAGUUUCUAGUGGUGUUCUUUUGAGUGCUUUCGUGAACUUGAUUUACAUUUUGUUGGACUCCUUCGAAUUCGAUUGUUGUAGUACUGGUGAAAACAACACUUUACUUCGUAUCACGAUUUCUCAGUAGAUGGUUUUGUUAUAAGCGC